CAUAAUAUAUAAUACUAAAAUGAAAAUUUUAUAUUUAAAACAUUUGUAAUAAUAUCUAAUGCAUUUAUAAAAUGAAAAAAUAUCCGCACGAACGUGCGGGUUAAAAUCUAGUUACGAAAUUAAAAAGGGAUGUUCUUGAAUAAUGCAUCCAAUUGACUUAAGUUUGGUCAACAAGAUGUUUUUUCUUUUACAUUGUUAUGACCGGUAGCUUUGUUGAGAUAUUAGAAUUGGACCAAAAUAUUUUUAAAUAGAGAAGUUUUAUAAUCUUAAUUCUCAAAAUAUCUCAUAUUAUUUUAAACUGCAUUGAUAAAAUACGAGACUAUAUUCACUUAACUUUUUUCAUUCUCUUACUCUAGUUGGAAAGGUCUCUAACUGUGAAGUGAAAACUUGGAUCAUCAUGUUGUAAUUUACAGUUUCCUGCAUUUUUUGGGAAUCUAUCCAUGUCCCAAACGCCGAUGGCAGGUUCCCAAUAGAGACACAUGGCUUGUGGUAAAAUAAAAAUAUAGUUUUAUAUUUGUCUUUCUCUUGGAUCCUAUAUAAACACUAGUUAAUCAACAUUUAUACUUCAUCAUCACCAUUUGCAUGAUUUGAUCUCAUAACUCAUUUCUGAGAAUAUUUUUCGUAGCUAAAGGCAAAAAUAAGCGAUGACCAUCACUUCAAGCUUUCUAUGUUUGUUUAUCCUUCUUUUGUUUUGCCUCUCGUGUGGAUAUUCCCUUCAUGGAGAUAAGAAUGAAAAGUCAAGUGUUAACUUUGUUUCAAAUGCAAAGCAUGUUGAUGGUUAUGAUGCAAUGAAGAAGGCGCAAGUACAAAGAAGAAGUGGAGAAGAGUUUAGCAAGGAGACGACAAAGAUGAAGAUGAAUCCGAAGAAGCCAAUAGAGAAGGAAACAGGUGUUGAGGAAGAGGAUGAUCUCGUUGCCUACACUGCUGAUUACUGGAAACCAAGGCACCAUCCUCCCAAGAACAACUGACGAGAUUUAUCUUAUAUUUAUAUAAAAGACCCAACAAAAUGAUCCUCCCUAUUAAAUAUUAAUCAAAUAUCAGUAUAAGAUAUUUAUUAUACAUACAUAUAAAUGGGUAAUUUGUAAUUUUGUGAGCUUUGUGUUUGUAAUAUCGUUAUAUUUA